AUGGGUCAAUUCUUCGUAUCCUGGGAGCUAUGGCAGCAGAUGACCUUUAUUCUGGCCUGCGCCAUCGGCGUCGUUUUCGUUAUCGGUUUUAUCAAGCUAUGGUGGAUGAAUCGGUACAUCGCGAGGCAAGAGAUAAUCGAUGCCGAGAAGAGAGCGCAUGCCGCAGAGCUCGCGUCAACCGGCCUCCCAGUACCUCCACGCAAGAAAUCCGAAGUCCCUUUCGGCGUCCGCGCCAUCCAGUCUGGUAUCGAGGUUGAUGGCAUCUGGAUAUCUCGUCCCAACACGCCGUCCAGCGAACCGUCUCCCAACUCAGCCAGAGCCAAGGGCAAGUAUGUCUCGAUGGGCCCUAUUUCGCCUCGCUCUUCAGUCUCCGACACUUUUAGCUCUUCUUCUCGUGCCGAAAUCGGUCCUCAGACAUAUCGACCCAAGUCUACCUACAAUCCUGGCACGAGCAGAGCCGACGCCCUGAGCCAGCUCGAGGGCAAGCCUCAAGAAUCUUUUGCCUACAACACGUAUCACCCCCGAAGUAGCAAUCCCAUAUCCGAGGCCUCAGACGAGUCAGGAAGCUCCUUAAGCCCCGUCGACCGCUCUCCAUACAACGGCGCCGGUGUCCAUAUGCCCGCCCACGCACCCCCCGUCAACCGCCACCUGAAGAACGCGCGCAACGCCAAAGAAAACAACUCGCAGCCCCGGACUGGCAAUGGUGUUCGCGCGAACAAGGGUAACCUGCAACCUCCCAAGGACAAUAAAGGAUACUCUGGUCUUCCUCAGGCCUCUCCUCUCAGCGAAUUCUCCGACCCCUUUGCCGACCCUCAACAGCCGACAGACACUUUCAGUGAUGACCACGCUAUCCUGCCCUCAUCUCCCCACGUGAAGUUCGCGGCCAACGACCACAUCGCCCGCCAGCGCUCCUACAGUGGCAGUAGUAGCGGAAGCAGCAGUGUGCGUCACAGUUAG